CUCAUUCACUCCACAGUUUAGUUUAAUAGUUUAUUGUUUUUCCUACGUUUAACGCGGAAUCCACACGUUCCUCCUCAUUCCCAUUUUCUCCAGUGGUCAAGACUAUAUUAGUUACUUCGCCAACCCAAAACACACUCACUCUCUCUUUUUUCCACUAACCGCGUAUCAAACAGAACCAAACAACAGAACAGAGCAGAGCAGAGCAGAGAAACAGAGCGCGUUAAGGAUGUUGGACCGAUGCCUGAGGCCACUGGAGAUGUGUUUUGGUGGUGGAGGCAGCGACCAAAGCCUUCUCUGGGACACUGACCUUAAGCCACACGCUUCAGGGAACUACUCAAUUGCAGUAGUACAAGCCAACUCCUCCUUGGAAGACCAAGCACAAGUCUUCACCUCUCCCUCCGCAACCUUUCUUGGCGUCUACGACGGCCACGGCGGACCACAAGCUUCCCGUUUCAUCACCAAUAAUCUCUUCUCCUUCCUCCUCAAAUUCACAGAAGAGGAAGGUGGGUUGUCGGAGGAGGUGAUAAAGAAGGCGUUCGCGGCAACAGAGGAGGAGUUUUUGCGUUUUGUGAAACAAACAUGGAUUGCGCGGCCACAGAUGGCUUCAGUGGGUUCGUGCUGUCUUCUGGGAGCGAUUUCAAAGGACGUUCUUUAUGUUGCUAAUCUGGGGGAUUCAAGGGCGGUUCUGGGUCGGAGAGCGUUGGAAGGAGAGGUGAAUUGCGGUGGUGUGGUGGCGGAGCGUUUGUCCACUGAUCAUAAUGUUGGAGUGGAGGAGGUCAGAAAGGAGGUGGAAGCUCUUCACCCUGAUGAUGCACACAUUGUGGUCUGCACUCGUGGAGUUUGGCGAAUCAAGGGCAUUAUUCAGGUAUCAAGAUCAAUUGGAGAUGCUUACUUAAAGAAAGCAAAUUUUGACGCAAACCCUUUGUUCCAACAAUUUGCAUGUCCAUUGUACUUGAAGAGACCUGUAAUGACAGCCGAACCAUCAAUACUGAUGCGGAAAUUGAAGGAAAAUGAUCUGUUUUUAGUCUUUGCAUCAGAUGGACUUUGGGAGAAUUUAACUGAUGAAGAGGUUGUUCAAAUUGUCUCAGAAAAUCCCAGAACAGGAAUAGCAAAACGAGUGGUGACAGUUGCACUAGAAGAGGCAGCAAAGAAGAGAGAUAUGAGGUAUGAUGACUUAAAGAAAGUUGAGAAAGGUCUGAGGCGUCAUUUUCAUGAUGAUAUUACAGUGAUCGUUCUAUAUCUCGAUCAUUUGAAAGAAUCUAUAAAUGGUAGGUCAAGACAUAAAGGAGAUUAUGGCUGCAUUAAUACUCCCAUUGAUAUCUUCUCUCAAAGUGCAAACGAAAUUGAUCUUUAAACUGAAUAAGCUCAUACUUUAUUACUACUAUAUAGCGUCUUUUACACUCCCCAUCACUUUUUAGCUAGAAAUUGACCACUUUUAAACAUGAAAAAACAUUUCUAAAGAGGUACUCGCCAAUGCCAAAAAGAAGGGAUUGUGAAUGUGAUGUAAACUGGUUAAGUUGUAACUGUAGAUUGACAAAACGCUUCAAACGAACAAGGAUAUAUGCUUUAUUUUCUU